AUGUCUGCUAGCCAAAAGGAUUUUGCAGAAAAGGAGAAGUCCACAGCAAGGGCCCUGGAAGAUGUAAAGGCAAACUUCUACUGUGAAUUAUGUGACAAGCAGUAUCACAAACACCAGGAGUUUGACAAUCACAUUAAUUCUUAUGAUCAUGCUCAUAAGCAGAGACUGAAAGAAUUAAAGCAACGGGAAUUUGCUCGAAACGUAGCCUCUAAGUCAUGGAAGGAUGAGAAGAAACAAGAAAAAGCACUUAAACGUCUCCAUCAGCUGGCUGAAUUAAGGCAGCAGUCUGAAUGUGUUUCUGGAAAUGGACCAGCAUACAAAACUCCCAGGGUAACUAUAGAAAAGCAACUCCAGCAAGGAAUUUUCCCAGUGAAGACUGGCAGGAAGGCAUCGUGUAUGAAAAGCGCUCUUCUGCUUAAAGGAAAAAGUCUCCUCAGAAGUAUUUCUGAUAAACAGCGGUCCGCCGUGCCAAACAGACACCAGUUACCAACAGACAGACGUUGCUUAUUUGGAAAUCGGAUUCCACAAGCAUCUCCAGAUCCCAGCAAUGUUAGUCACAGAACAGGAGUAUCGUUUUCUUUUUCCAAAAAAGUGCAUCUAAAAUUAGAAUCUUCAGCAUCAGUUUUCAGUGAGAACACAGAAGAAACACAUGAUUGUAACAAGUCACCUAUAUAUAAAACAAACCAAACUGCAGAGAAAUGUAAGUGCUGUACAUUUGCAAACGAAGAUAUGCACCUCACUAAGAAAAAUGAUGUAAACGUUGCACCAAGCCAUCUGGAAACUGUUUUACACAAUACCUUCUCCAUAAGCUCUAAUAUUUUGCAAGACAAAAAUGACCCUAUUGAUGAGACGCUAAAAGACUCAAUUGGCUUUCAUGCUUCAUUCUCUAAAUCUAACAUUCAUCUUUCAGAUGUGGAUUUUACACCUAACAGCAGAGAAAAAGAAACUCAAAAUACAUUGAAGAAUGCUUCACAAAACCACAUUAAUCACCCAUGCCAAGCAAAUGCUUCCUUCAGCCCACCAAACAUUUACAAGCACAGUGAUGCCAGGAAAUUUGAAUGUCUGGAUGAAUUUCCUUCACCAGAGCCAAGUGAACAAAGCAACACAGUGCACGUGAAUCCCAAGCCCAGAAGAGAGAACAGAGAUAAAUCUUUAGAUGAAACAGGAAGAGUUAGCAAAAAUGUGAAAAGGCUCGUAAGAGAAACAUGUCUCCAUGAUGUGAAGUCUAACCCAUUGCCUUUUCUUCACGUACAAAGCAAGGAUGGCCACACCAAACUCCAAUGGCCUACAGAACUUUUGCUCUUUACAAAAACACAACCCUGUAUCUCUUACGGCUGCAACCCAUUAUAUUUUGAUUUUAAGCUUUCUCGAAACACAAAGGAUGACCAUGAUCCAGAAGACUUAAAAACAGAACUGAGGAAGAAAUCGUGUGAAAGGAAGGCUAAAACGGAGAGCCAAUCCUCAUGUUUAAUCAAAGACCAACAAAAAGUGAUCCAAGAAGAUAAUCAAUCUCUAAAACCAAAGAUGAUUAAAAUUAAUCCAGAUUGGGAAAAUUUCCAGAGAAAAUAUAAUUUGGACUACAAUGAUUCUGAGCCCAAUAUGGAUAAACCUAAUGUUAGUGUGAGUGAUCUGAAUAUGAAAAAUCCUAAAGUGCCUGCUUAUCUUGAGACCUCUCUAAAGGAUUGUGGAGGAAAUGAGAAUAACAGUGAUAACAGAUCUAAGGAAUCUUCAAGGGUCCGUUGGCAAAGCUGCAGAAAGGUAGUUCUAAAUAAUGCAAAUGAAGGUCUAUCUUUUACUCCCUACAUAUCUAGAACUAAAAAGAAGCAUAAACUGAUGCCCUGUGAUGCUCAUACAGAAUUUGAAGAUGGACACCAAUUCAACUGGGAUUCUAGUCCUUAUGCAGUAGGGGGCCACAGUGAGCACAGGAAGGACUUCAGUACGAUUUUCAAUAGAGGUAAUUUGCUCUACUUUUGUAAAAGAGAACACAACCCAGUUGAAAGGCACAAACGGAAACGCAGAAAGCACAACUGCCUCUCUUUAUCUGAUGAAUUAGUGAAGAAUGACUGCCUGCAGACCGAGACACAGCGAGAGAGAAACUGCCAAAUGUGGGACUCAUUGAAAAAUGAAAAAUACUCAAAACAUAGAAAUGGUCACUGCAGAGAAAGAUCCAAGCUAAGCAAAAAUCAACAACAAUUUCUUGGGCCAAAAUUCAGGAGAGUCAUCCAUUGUGAUUCUAGCUCACAGAUUUCCUGUGCCGGAAGCAGUGAAAUACCACCUAAUUGCCAGGGACUUUUGCAGAGCAAAUUGGGCUCUUAUUCAAGAGAGAAAAUUCAUCAGCUAAAUAAAAAUGAAAGAAGUCAUGAGUCUUUGGACAGUGCUCACAUUUGUGAUCUGGGAAAAGUGAAAUCCAUGCAGUGCAACUCUGGGAAUAUCACCUGCCUUCUAAGAAACUGUUCGAGUAGCCCUUCAGAAACCACAAAGUUGAGCAUGACAGAAAGAGAGAGAACCCCUCUGACAGCCAAAAGCCUUUUAGAAAGAGUAGAAGCCAAGAAGUGUCAGGAACAAGCAACUAAUUUUGAGUUCUCUUCAAAUAGCUAUAAAAGUGAAUCGGAGGCUCAUUCACAAACUCAAUGCACAAUGAAAUUUGCCACACCAGGCAGUAACAGACCGGCAUUGCAUCCAGCUGAAAAAAUGCAGAACAUAAGUACAAGGAGAAGUAAUAAAGGCGGUGCAGUUCUAAGGACUACUGAGAAAGGCAAAGUAAAAAGUUCAAGUAAUUCUACUGUUUCCACAGACACUGACUGCGAUAAGCAUCUUUCUCAAGGUACAAUUCAGGUAGUAGCAGAGUCUCGGUCACCAAACAUAAAGAACCCAACAACAAAAGAACAAUCACAACCUUUAAUUAGUGAAGUCCAACCUGUUAUUCAAAGCUGUGACCCAGUACCAAAUGAUUUCCCUGGUGCUUUACCAUCUAAUAGAUAUACUGGUGUUCCUAAUUCAACAGAGACCAAAGAGGACCAAAUAAAUCCAGAACUACAGGACGUAAGCAUGCAUAUGAAUCGUGUAGAGGGGAAUAUAAACUCUUACUAUGACAAAACUGUGCAGAAGCAUGACAACGUAGAAGACGGAUUAGAAGUACGUCAUAAAUCCAUCUCUCCCCCUUUAAUUCAACAGCCUGUAACAUUUUCUCCUGAUGAAAUAGAUAAAUAUAUGCUCCUUCAGCUACAAGCCCAACAGCAUAUGCAGAAACAGCUCCUAUCAAAGCAUCUUCGAGUUUUGCCAGCUGCGGGGCCGGCUGCCUUCUCUCCAGCCUCAGCUGUACAGACAGUUCCAGUUCACCAGCACACUUCUAUAACCACCAUCCACCACACAUUCCUGCAACAUUUUGCUGUUUCUGCGUCCCUAAAUUCCCAUAGCAGUCACCUACCUAUAGCUCAUCUGCAUCCUCUUUCACAGCCACAUUUUACUCCUAUCGCAUUUUCACCUCUGACUCCAGCUGUCAUCCCAGCACAUCCCACUUUCUUAGCAGGUCAUCCCCUACAUUUAGUCACUGCUGCCCCCUUCCAUCCCUCCCAUAUAGCACUUCAGCCCCUGCCUCCUGCCGCAUUUAUCCCUGCAUUGUUUGGCCCUCACUUGAAUCCAGCCACAACUUCUAUCAUCCACUUGAAUCCUUUAAUCCAGCCAGUGUUCCAAGGUCAAGAUCUUUGCCAUCAUUCUUUCUCCAGCCAGAUGCAACAGUUACAUGGAGUGAAAGAGGCCUUAAACGUUUCAGCUCGCUUGAACUAA